CUUAGGCUUAGCUAUCGCUAUCGAAUUGCUGUUUACGCUGUUUGCAAAAAGAAAAACAUAAAUAUUGCAAUUUUAAGUGUUUUAAAGUUGAGCAAUGGCGCAAGUGGCGUAUUUAGAUAACAUGCUGCGUGAGUAUUUGGUAUUCCGCGGUUACUCCAGCACGCUGAAGGCGCUAGAUAUGGAGCAACGCAAUGAAAAGGACCAACACUUUAGAGCCGAGCAUAUAAUAGAGCAUCUCAACACUGCAGUGCAGACACAUGAUCUCAAAGCUCUACGUGCACUCUGGCUGCAUCUGGACAACAAUCUGUUUAGCAAGUUAGAUCAUACCUACGCUGUGGCUGUCAAGAAACUGGAGAACAGUCUGCUUAAGUAUUAUCUGGUGACGGCAUACAGCAGCAAUAAAUCAGAUAAGAUAGCUGAAUUCUUUAACAAGCUGGGUGGUGAGCUGCAGCAGCAAAGCGAGUGGAAGGACUGGUUCUACUUUUCGUUUUGCAAAAAUGCAGAGGAGUCGCCCACCUUUGCGCAGUACUUUACAAAGCAGUGGCAGGACACGUUGCUGUUAUCACUACGCAAUUUUCUGACCACUGUCUAUCAGUGCUUGCCACAGCCUACGUUUGUGCGCGCGGAACAGGAGGCGGCGCACAUGCAGCGUCUACAAGAUGACAACAAUCGUCUACGCACGCGACUGUUGCAGCUGCAGCAGGAGCAACAAAGCCAAGCCAGUGGUGAGGGCAGCAGCACGCGACGCAGCUCCAGUCGCAAUCAGCAGACGCUGGCUGACAUAAUGCCCUUUGAUAUAAGUCCACCAGGACAUAUCAUUGAUGACUUUUGCAUUAUUGCCUCCGAGGCGAAUAGCUUGGCGCAGGCAAGCGAUGCACAAGCGCGUGGACUCAAAUUACUUAUAAGAAACAUAGGUUCUGGUAGCUCGCCUGUUAUGGCACGCAAGGAUGCAGCUUCAGGCGAUAAGUCAUCGGCUAACAAGCGUCGCUCGGGCAGCGUAGGACGCAGCUGGAUUUAAUAAAUAAUCUCUACAAUGUUAGUUUUUAAAUAUUUAUAUUUAUUUGCGCUUCUUAAACGUAGGAGCAAAUGCUUGAUAAGGUAUUCCAUAUAUAGUAUA